AUGACAGGCAUCGCCGCCGCCUCCUUCUUCUCCAACGCCUGCAGGUUCGGGGGCUGCGGACUCCACUUCCCAACCCUGGCAGAGCUCAUCGAGCACAUCGAGGACAACCACAUCGAUACAGACCCACGUGUAUUAGAGAAACAAGAACUUCAGCAGCCAACCUAUGUUGCUUUAAGUUACAUUAACAGGUUUAUGACUGAUGCAGCUCGACGUGAGCAGGAGUCUUUGAAGAAAAAGAUUCAGCCGAAACUAUCUUUGACUUUGUCAAGCACAGUGUCCCGUGGGAAUGUAUCUACUCCACCUCGCCACAGCAGUGGAAGCCUUACUCCUCCAGUCACCCCUCCAAUCACUCCCUCCUCUUCGUUUCGCAGUAGUACUCCUACAGGUAGUGAAUAUGAUGAGGAGGAAGUAGAUUAUGAAGAAUCAGACAGUGAUGAGUCCUGGACUACAGAAAGUGCUAUCAGCUCUGAAGCUAUCCUUAGUUCAAUGUGCAUGAAUGGAGGGGAUGAGAAACCUUUUGCCUGUCCUGUUCCUGGAUGUAAAAAACGAUAUAAGAAUGUGAACGGCAUAAAGUACCACGCCAAGAACGGCCACAGGACGCAGAUCCGCGUACGCAAACCCUUCAAGUGUCGCUGUGGAAAGAGUUACAAGACAGCUCAGGGCCUGCGGCACCACACAAUCAAUUUCCACCCCCCAGUGUCUGCUGAGAUUAUCAGGAAGAUGCAGCAAUAAACAUGCUG